AUGUGGAAUUUCUCAGAUGCAAGUGCACAAUUAGCACUGAGUUUAGCUGAAGCUGAUGCUGUAAGACUGCUGACCUGUAACUGUGGACAUAAACCUUACCUGAAUGCAAUUCAUAGUAAGAAUGUUCAUUAUAUUAUUAAAGCAUCACUUAGCAUCCUUCAUAACAUUGCCAGAAAUCCGUCAAUCAAACAUUAUUUCAAGGAACAAAAAACUUCAGAGGUAAUUCAACCAUUUAUAUCCUCAAAGGAUGAGAUGUUUAAAGUUUUAUCCAUGAUGACUAUGGCAUAUAUUAUUGAAGAAGAUGAUAAUGCAACUCUUAUUGAUGAAACAGGUAGCAUCCCAUGUAUGCUGCAAUGGUUAGAAAAGUUGGCUGUAAUUGAUUCAAAUAAACUCAAGAUUGUUGAAGGUGGUAUAUUGCCACUCUUAAUACGGAUGCUGCAAUAUGAUGAUGUCCGUGAACAAAGCUCAGCUGCACGAAUUUUGUGGACACUCUUAUUUGAUGAGACAGUACGAGAAAAAUUUGUUAAGGAUGAACAAGAACUGGCAACUCUGUUGGAGAAUCUGAAAGACAGCAAAGAUAAAUCUGUCAGUAGCAAUGCAAGAGGAGCUCUUUGGUUUAUUACUGGAGCUAAUCAAGUGACAGAAUUGGAUAAAGAAACUCUUCGAACAAGAACUAAAACUCAUGUUUUCAUUAGUUAUUCACAAGUAGACAAAGAAAGUGUGUGGAGAGUGCGUGACAGAUUAAAGGAGGAAGGCUAUCAACUAUGGAUUGAUGUUGACUGUAUAAGUGGAUCAAACUUACAAGCCAUGGCUGAAGGGAUUGAAAAUGCUGCUGUUGUUUUAAUUUGCAUGUCUGAGAAAUAUAAACAAAGUCCAAACUGUCGCACGGAGGCUGAAUAUACUUUCCGGUUACGUAAAGACUACAUUCCAAUGAUGAUGCAAAAGAAAUACAAUCCUGAUGGUUGGUUAGGUGCAAUGCUUGGAGCAAAGCUAUUUUUUGACUUUAGUGGCAAAUAUCCUUUUGAAAAAAGUUUUAGUGGCCUUAUCAAAGAACUUCGUGGACGUGGACGCUAUUCUCCAAGUCAAAGUCAAGAAAACAUCUCUGAACAAACAGACAAAUCCCGUGACCACUCUGAUAGCAGUCUCAAAGAAAGCACUUCUUCACCCAAACAGAAACAAACUGAACAACUUGUUGUUAAAAUUGCAAAUUGUGUUUCUCCUGUACAUGAAAUGGCAAAUAAACAAGUUGUACAAUGGCUUCGAGAAAAUAAACUGAAUGAAUGUAUUCAAGCUUUUGAACAAUUUGAUGGAGUAAUGCUAUUACAACUGGAUGAAAUGAGAAAAGAGGCUCCAGAAUUCUUUUAUAAAAGCUUGGAGAAAUUAAAUAUGUCAUUAAUUGAAAUUUUGCGAUUCACUGCUGCUUUGAAAAGUCUGAAGGAAUGA